CCAAGGUUUAGAGAAAUUGCGAUCCAGGAAAUGAUAGAGAGAAAUAUGGCUGAACUCGAACGCCCUCAGAGACAGAUUGAUGCUUCAUCCAAAACUCCGGCUACAAUCCAUACCAUGGAACAACUCCUCCGAGCAGGAGAAGCUUCCAAGUCUAAGCAGUCACCAACCUUUUCCACGUGCUCGUCUACCUCGUCCACCCACUCUUCUUCCCCCUCGUCCCCAUUCUUCCAAAGGUUGAGGCACCAUGACUCAGAAGAAGAUCAUGGCCAGAGUCAGAAGAAAUCAGUUCUCACCAAAGUCAAGGAGAAGGCCAAGAAGUUACGCCACAGCCUCAGCAAGAAGAAACACGAGGACGGCAACGUCAGUAGUCCCUCAUCAGCUACUGGUUUAGAAGCUGAUGGAGCAGAGGACGAAGCUGAAUACCAAGGACCUCCUGUUUACGAAUCGGAGAAGACUCCUGUAAAAGGAAAUGCAAGGCAGCAUCCAAGUCCAAGAGCAAAUCCAGUAACCCCUGAGAGGCAUUUUAUAUCUACCAGUGACAAACACAUGGUGGAACAAGAUCUAGAAAAGACACUAAACCGUUCCAUAUCUAAGAAAAAAACAACAACACAACCUAAUUCUGUUACUGUUACUAAUACUAAUACUAAUACUAAUAAUAAUACCAAUAAAAAUGCUAAUGCUGAUACUCUUUCUGGUCCAACCAUCACAACGACUGAAACCGUGUCACGGAAACUGGCACCUGUUCAUAUUGAAGCACCAGAUGAAGCUCAAUCUAUAACCACCAAAGUUCAAAACCUUGCUGAAUCCAAUUCCAAACCUACAGAGCAUCAUCGUGAUCACACUGCAUCAUCAUCAGCAGCAGCAGCAGUUACACCUAAAGCAACUAAUAACGCUUCUUUGUCAUAUGCUGCUCCACGUACAGCUCCUGCAAAGGCACUCUCGCGAGGUUCUUCAACCUCUCCGCGAAGUUUUGCACCAUCACCUCCAGUGACUCCUAUUGCGCAUGUACCUGUAAAGGUACCCUCUCAAGUUUCUUCAAGCUCUCCGCGAACUUUUGCAUCAUCACCUUCAGUGACUCCUACAGCGCCUGCAUCUGUUACUACUCCACCGAGUGGGAAGAACACAAGCCCCAGUGCACAAAUAUGGGAUAAGGGUGUGUCGGUGAAAGAGUACUUGAUGACCAAAUUGGAGCCUGGGGAAGAUGAGAAGGCACUGUCUCAGGUGAUAUCUGAAGCAAUGAGUCCUAGAAGAACUCCUGGUGAUGCAGGCGUCAUGGAGAAGGUGAGAGAAGCUGUAACUUCUUUGCUCCGAACUGAGGGAUCACCAAAAUAUACAGACACAUCUAAUCCUAAUACUCCUACUAGUGCUACUACUACUCCUCGCAUGUCUUCUCAAUUCCCAGCUUCUACCACUCCCAACACUUCUCCUCGCUCUCCAUCUCAAAUGCCAGCAUCUACCAAUGCUUCUCGUGCUGCAUCUCAAAUGCCAGCAUCAUCUACCAAUGCUUCUCAUGCCGCAUCUCAGAUGCCAGCAUCAUCUACCAGCGCUACUCGUGCUUCAUCUCAGAGGCCAGCAUCAUCUACCAACGUUUAUCGCACUUCAUCUCAAAUCCCAGUAUCUACCAAUGCUCAACCUGCAGACUAUGAAGUGGCUCAGGAAGAAAACCAUGGCCGAAUUCUUCAGGCAAAUUAAAAGCCUCCAUAACAUGUUUCCUACAUUUUUGUGUUCAAUCUUUUUAUGAUGUACCCAACAAUUAGACUGGAAAGAUAAUUUCCGUGUAUUUGUUAUAUAUUUGUUCUACAUUACAUAUUACCAUUCAGUUUUUAUCUUGUUGGCACGGAAUAUAAAGUUAUGAGCUAUAAUUAAGGCAUUUGUCCUC